AUGGGGCCAAUGAAAUAUAAAUCAAGUGUGUCCUCGGUGUCCUGUGGUCUGCAGUAUCACCAUUCAUCAAUAAAGUGGAGUCCAAAAAUGAAUUUACACAUAGUGAGGACUUACUGCUCCUCAGCACCCAAGAGGCCUGAAGCCAAGUCUGCAAUGGAAAUGGCCGUGGGUCUCCUCGGCCGCCUGACAGAAGCUGGGACGGUCAUGGGAAAAAACUCCCUGCAAAAAGUGUCUGCAACGUGCAAGGCUUGGUGGGACAGAUAUGAGGAGUUUGUUGGGAUUAAUGAAGUUCGAGAGGCACAGGGGAAAGUGACAGAGGCUGAAAACAUCUUUAUGAUAGCUCGAGGGAUAGUGCGAGAGGCGCGGGAGAACGUGGAAACCCAACAGAUGAAACUGAAGGAAAUUCGGGACCGCUUAGACAGGGUCUCCCGGGAUGACACCCAGUAUUUAGAACUGGCCACCCUGGAACACAGGUUGCUGCAGGAAGAGAAGAGGUACCGAGCUGCCUAUUUAAAUGCAGAAGAAUCUGAGAGAGAAAAAUUCUCUCUCUUCUCUGCAGCUGUGAGGGAAAGUCAUGAGAAAGAGCGAACAAGAGCUGAAAAAACAAAGAACUGGUCUAUUAUUGGUUCUGUACUGGGAGCCAUUAUAGGUGUUCUUGGUUCCACAUAUGUUAAUCGAGUAAGGUUGCAGGAAUUGAAAGUCUUGGUGCUUGAAGCACAAAAGGGCCCAAUAAAUCUGCAAGAAGCCAUCAAAGAACAGGCCUCCAGUCAUUACAUACAGCAGAAGGAUCUCAGUGAUGUCAUAGCAGACCUGAAAAAUGUGCUGCAAACAAGAACACCACAGGAGAUAAAAGAAGACACUUUGUUAACUAGAGGAGACAAGAAUAACUCCAUAAAAAUAGAUUCUCUUUUAAUUCCUUUAAACGAGCAGCUAAACUACACUAAACAGGUCAGUUCGUGUCUAGGCAGUUUACAGCAGCAGUUAAACAGCCUGCAGGAGAGCAUUACACAGCUGAUCUCUGAGGUGCAGAGUGUGAAACUGGCUGUUCAUGCCAGGCCUGCAGACAGAGCAGGUUCCAGGGCUGCAGCAGAGGGCACAGGCCAGGCCUCUGCAGUGAGGGACGUGAUUUUAGAGCUGUGUGACACCGAGCGGAGACUGGAAGCACAGAUCAAGAGGAAUUCUAUUUACAGCACUGCAGUGACCUGUGCUGUGGUUGCUAUUACUCUGCCAGUGCUCUAUAUUAUACUUAAAGGGAACUGA